AACAAGUACUACAAACCCUUUUCUUCAACAGCUUUUGAUCUUACAGAAAUGGCCGGUCAGCAGUUAAAAUCUGUCGCUGGUUUGCUUUUGGUUCUGAAUUUCUGCAUGUAUGUCAUUGUGCUAGGCAUCGGCGGCUGGGCCAUGAAUAGAGCAAUCGACCAUGGUUUCAUUAUCGGUGCUGAUUAUAAUCUUCCUGCGCACUUCUCACCCAUAUACUUCCCAAUGGGGAAUGCUGCCACUGGAUUCUUCGUAACAUUUGCUUUGAUCGCCGGAGUUGUUGGUGUUGCUUCAGCCAUUUCUGGACUCAACCAUCUUCGUUCUUGGACAUAUGAUAGCUUGCCAUCUGCAGCCGCAGCUGCUACAAUUGCCUGGACUCUCACUCUCCUCGCCAUGGGCUUUGCUUGGAAGGAGAUAGAGCUUGAAAUCAGGAAUGCUCGUCUGAGGACAAUGGAGGCGUUCCUAAUCAUCCUUUCAGUUACUCAGCUUCUGUAUAUAGCAGCCAUCCAUGGCUCUGUAUCAGCCAUCCAUGGCCCUGUAUCAAGAUGAAAUUGGAAAAGUUGAGUGACUUUGGUGCUGGGUGUGCUGUGUCUGCAUUCUUUUGUUUAAGGUUUUCUCAAGUGUUGUGUGUAUGGUAUGAUUAGCAUGUGAAGAUUGUAUUGCACAAAAAUACAAUUUACAAAUUUCUUUCACAUUUUUGUGAAUAUUCCUUUGCUUGAUGUAUUUGAAGCAGAAGCUAAUAAAAGUAUCAACGAACGUUUGAGAGAUA